CGCACCUGGUAACCAGCCUCACCGUGUACAUUUGUAAAGGAAAUAACAUUUGGUACGUACGUACAUAGGCUGCAGCCAUGUAAAAGCCGCAAGUGCCCAAACCAACAUUGAAAACACGAGAUAUUUACAAAUAAAGACGGUACACGGAGACUUUAAUGCCAGCACCAACAAGCGAACGCUAAUACUAGCGUCGCCGUGCUAACGCUAACGCUAGCGCCACCGCGCUAACCCUAAUGCUAACCCUACCGCCGCCGUGCUAACGCUAAUGCUAACGCUAGCGCCACCGCGCUAACUCCAAUGCUAACACUAGUGCUGCCGGGCUAACCCUAACACUAGCACCGCCAUACUAACAGGACUGGUUAAAAAAAAAAAAUACAUACUGGUAAAAAUCACUGCGGGACUAACAGGACAAGCCGAAAGAAACUUACUUUUUAAAAAUCACAGAGACAUGGCAGUAAUACGCUCGCGCAGCGCUAACAGGGCUGGACCGGUAAAAGUCACUUCCUCGGCACAUAUAUUCGGUCUCACUCUUACCUUUUCCGCUCAAGUGCCACCUUACUGACGUUAGAAAAAAAAUGCACAAAUUAGCCGCAUCGCCGCAUAAACCGCAGGGGUGAAAGCGUGUGAAAAAAAGUCGCGGCUUGUAGGCCGGAAAUUACGGUACAAUCAUUCAGAAGCAAAACCCAUUGGGCCUUUCCAAAUGGAGCAAGCCACAUUAGCAUAGCUAAGUAAGAUCGCUCGCAUUACAAAUAGUAAUUGAACAUCAUGUUUGUAGCAUAGGCUAACAUUAGCAUCUGGAGCUAGCAACAGUAUACUGCUUCGAACAAACAUUAUGCAGUGCCAGCCAACCAUUGGGCAUGUAGAUCCACCAAAAGUGUCACUGAAGAUGUACUGGACAUAUUUAGAACCCAAACCGCAAGGUUUCCCUUUAUGCUAACCUCCCUGGAAUCGAACACGUUUUCUAUGCUUCCUCUGCCAUGCCUUCAUGCAUCAUGUUCGAUUCUUCCAGGAUCCUCCGCAACUCUGGGUUCACAGCCAUCUUCAUGUCGUCCACAUCUUUUUGGGGGGGCCUGGGGGUGUCAGGUGACACCCGGGUCCUCAGAACUUCAUCACGGGUGGAGCAGCCACGACUCGUUCUGCCACAACUCUUCCAUCUUCUCACAUAAUCGGUGAAGGAAAUACUUCAGUAGUUGACCCUCCAGUUUUGCAGCAAGAACUCAUCCAGAUAUGGAAUAUGCCCCUCACAUCAAAGAAUUCCAUCAACACGACUUGGAUUUAGGAUUCCGGCUGCCUCCCUUUCUUCGGCCUCGGCGGCGUUGGAGUCUUCCUAAGGUCGCCUAAGCUUCGUACUUUAAAACCCACGAGCCAAAUACUCUUUGAGUAUUUGUGUAAAAACGUGCGGCAAAUAGCUUUAGCAAGGUUGCCUACCACUUCAACUUUCCAAACAACAAAGUAUAAUAAGAUUUGCCAAAGUUUUCCAAUCAAAUCUAUAAAUACAUACUCAUGUCUUGUCUGUAAGUAUUGCAACACGGCAAUGCUUGCUGUCGCCUUGUGAGAACUGAAAGUCGACUUGACCAACCCAAGUUCCUUCCUCUCGAAGAUUCACUUCUUCCUCAGGCCUUCACAACGGUCACUUCUUCACACUCUGCUUUUUAUGUUUUCUGAACAUUUUUCAUAUUUGAGAGAACCACCCAUCCCGAGUCAUGUAUGGCGUCACGCUCCUAGCGAUCGUUCUGUCCGGAUUCUUGGCGAUGUUCCCCGCCGACAAGGACGCGUGCGACUUGCACGCCGCGGUCGGACAAACGAUGGCGCUCCCGUUUGUUUACAAGCACCUGACCAACGCGGACGUGCUGAGCUGGACCCACAACGGCACCGUCGUUUUCAACCGGGAGGACGCCAGAGUGUCCGUGGGAAAGCCGGAGGACGUCUCUAAGACCGGUUCUCUUCUGCUGAGGAACCUGAAGCUCUCCGGCGGGGGCUUGUACCAGGCCACGGUGCGGCAUCCAAACCGGACCCUGAUGACGGUGUGGACCGGCCGUCUCUGCACGACGGACAAGGUGUCGCGACCGCGGCUCAGUUACGUCUGCGACCUGGAGAUCGGAUUUGUCAAUCUCAGCUGCGACGUGGACAAUCCGCAGAAUUUAUCCUUUUCGUGGACCGUUGACGACGUUAACUUAUCGGAUGCGACCAAGCAGACUUUGAACGUAUCCCUGGACAAGGUGAAGAAAUUUGCAUGCGGGGUGAGGAACAGAUUUAGCACAGAGAGGAGUCAAACUCUGGAUCCAGUCUGUAAAACUUCAAUCCCGACUUCACCGACUUCUCCGGCGGUUCUGCUUUGUUUGACUUCCGAAACGAUCGUCGCGUUGCUGGCGGGAUUAGCGGCUGUGUUUCUCCUCCUGCUCGUCGUCCUCGUCGUGCUGUGUCAACGCCGGCGACGCGGCAAAAGCGACGUGCGUGCCUCGGGCAAAGCCGACCUAAGGAUGUGUUCCGUAAAACGGCUCAGCAGCCCAGAUUACGAGACCAUGAACCCCACCGACUUUCUGACGUUGGCGUUUCCAGAACCGUUACCCAGAACUUGCCAUGCGAGCGCUUCUACACUGGACCAAGCGGCUGCCACCAACCCCUCACCAGUACCGAAACCCAGGACUAAAAACCCCCGGACACAGGACGCCUCAAGCGCUUUAAAGUCGUCACAUUGAUUAUUUCUCUCCCUGCUAAGGAAAUCUACGAUGUUCCACGGCAAGUCUUUGAAACUGCUUACUAGUGACAUAAAUAUCCCCGCACUAUAUCUAGAAAUUCAUGUUGUAGUUAUAAUAUCAUAAUUAAUUUGCAUACAGUAGAAAUAUUAUUGUUUUAUGAUAUCUUGAAUGAAGUAACCUCACCAAACAAGACAUGUAAAAAUGUUGUUUUAAUCUUAAACGUCCCCACAAUGCCACGUCUAUAAAUCGAUGUUUUAACUAUGAACGUAUAAUAACUGUGUCCAAAUGUGUGUAUUUCUCGUUUAAAUUAUGAUCGCCUCGCACAAAAUUGUAAUUUGUAAAUGAUGCAACUCUUAAAAAUAAAAAUGAAAAAUCAUGCUGUAAUUCUGAAAAACUGACACC